AUGGGAGAAAAGAAGGCUUGCCCCGAUGAGGCAAUCAUAAUAGACAUUCCAGAGGACUUGGAACCUGAUUUGAACUCUACAUGUUGGAUCCACAGAGUUCCUAGGAAGCUCCGUCAGGUACAUGGAGCAGCUUACACUCCCCAGCUAAUUUCCAUAGGCCCUUUACAUUACGACGAACCGAAACUGAAUGCCAUGGAACAGCACAAAACCAAAUAUCAUGAUCAAUUCUGGAAACGGGACUUCAGUAAACAUAUUAGGGAAAAUGACAUCAGAGACUUCAUCGAAGAAGGGGCUCGCCGAGAACGAAUCUGGUGUAGCUAUGCAGGGAGCUUUGAGCUUAUGAAUAACCGGGACAUGUUCUUCCGGGUUAUUCUACGAGAUGUCUCCUUCAUCUUUGAGCUAUUUUUGAGAAGCUACGAACAUGUGCUUGAUAAUAAUGACAAGCCUGAGGAAAUGAAGAAGGAUAUACAGGACUACAUAUUGAGAACUCCAUGGCUAAGGAAAGCUGUAGAGCUGGACUUGAUAAUGCUCGAAAAUCAGCUCUCUUAUUUUAUUUUCACAGAAUUAUUUGACUUCAUCCUCAAAAAACAGCCAGAAAAUCAAGGGAAUAUGAAUAUCCCUCCUUAUCUAUCAAAACAUUGGAAGGAAAGUGAAUCCCAUGAUUUCUUUAUUAGGAUUACAUGUGAAUUCUUCAUUGAUUAUUACAGGAAUGGAAAAGCUACAAUAAAGAAGCCAGGAGAAGUGGAAUUGCAACAGUUGAACAAAAUCAAACAUUUCACUGAUUUGAACAAGUUUGCAUUUUCUGAUGAUUUAUUGUAA